AUGGCGAACCAAGAAGCUCCGGUGGCUCCUCCCGCGUACGGGAGCACUGUUGAUAACAGUAACCUUACUGUCCCCACUACGAUGCAAGACCUCGAGACAAGCCGCACUGUGUCGAUGGAGAAAGACCUGGGGAACUCGGCUGCACCGAAGGCAACACAAAAGCCCGUCCCCAUCAACCCACGGCUGCUACAAAACCCCGUCACCCUCGACCAAUUAGACGAAUCACCCAGGUGCAUCGACUGCCCGCACUGCCACCAACGGACCAUGACGCGCAUAAGCCAGCAGUCGUCCAGCCAGACGGGAACUACUGCGCUCCUUUGCUGCUUGCUGCUCGGCGUCAUUGGUGCAUGCAUCCCCUACUGCUGCAAAAUGUACUACGAUACCGACCAUUUCUGCCAGAGCUGCGGCCAGCGGGUUGUCCACAAGCCUCACGACGGCCCGCCGCAGCUCUGCUUCCCGCUACCGCCGCAUCCCACGGCUCCUCCGAAGGCUGUCAUACAAGAGAAAAGCGCAGGGCCGGUUGUGAACUGA